UACUUCUGUCUGCUCAGGUGAGCCGAGCACACAGAGAUGCGCGUCAUGGAGCGCACUUUCCGAGAGCAGCUCUUGGUCCUGGUCUUGUGUUUGUCCGUCCUCAAGGGACACUCAAGAUACAUCGAGAACAACGAAAUCUCAAAAGAUGACUUAUAUUCAUUUUUCAACUCGGAACUCAGGAGGGAAACGCCUGAAGCGUUCAUGUACCGCCGUCCUUUGCGUUGUCUGGACAUGAUCGCGGUGGAGGGUCAGUUCACCUUCUCAGCAGACAGUCCUCAGCUGAGCUGCGCCGCUUUCUUCAUGGCAGAACCAGACGAAGUGAUCACUGUGGAUUUUGACAAAGUUGACAUCGACUGCGGCGUAGGAGACUUCGUCACAGUGUUUGACGGCUGGGUGAUGAAAGGUGAGAAGUUCCCGAGCUCCCAGGAUCACCCACUGCUUCCAUAUGAGCGCUACUUGGAUUACUGUGACUCCGGAUCAGGGAAGACAAGCGUGCGCUCCUCUCAGAAUGUGGCCAUGGUCUUCUUUCGCGUGCACAGUGCGGGCAGCAGCUUCACCCUGACAGUCAGGAAACACAUCAACGCCUUCCCCUGUAAUGUCAUCUCGCAGUCACCAGAGGGCCGUUACACCAUGUUGAGCCCGCAGCUGCACAGGAACUGCAGCUUCUCCAUUAUAUUCCCGGUAGCCAUAGACAUCUCGGAGUUCAGCCUGGGACACCACAGCAACUCCCCCAAGAGGUCUCUGCCUGGAUGCGCAGAAACGGGGGAUUUUGUGCAGCUGCUGGGAGGAAACAGCAUCGACACAUCCAAGCUUCUUCCCAUCACAGACUUCUGCGUCUCCUUCACUGGACCCACCCACCUGAAGGUCGGCUGCGAUAACACGGCGGUGAGGAUGGUGUCCAGCGGGAAGCUGGUGAGCCGCGUGUCCUUCAGCUACAGGCUGCUGGACGCCCAGGAGCUGGAGGCCAUCAAACUCAACAACGUGGAAGAUUUCUGUUUCAACAACUGAUCCCAACAGGACUACGCUGUGACGAAUGCACUGUGCAUAGUGACUGCAAAUAUUUUUGAAGAACCAUUAUAAAACUAAAGUUUAAAGAUACUGACUUAAACUUGUAUGAAAAAGAUAUAUCCUCUCAUAGAAGCAUCUAAAAAGUUGUUUUUUAACACUUUCAUCUCACUUGGCUCCUUGUUGUGACUCAUUUAAGUGUCCUUCUCUGUUUGAUGGAACCACAGUUGUUUUUAUUUAUGCUUUGUAUACAAACUGUUUAUUUCAUGACAUAAUUAUUGUUGCAAUGUUAUUUAUUGGUUUGUGAUCAAUAUUCUAGAGGAGAAAUGGUGCUAAAAUGAAUGUUGUCUCCUUUUUGUGUGAAUGAGAUGAGUCAUUUCCUAGCAGAUACGUCAUAGAUGAAUAGGUAAAAGAAUAAACAAGACAAACUUGAGCACUC